AUGGCUUCCCCUUCACUCAAUACUGCUGAUGAUGGUGAUGUCGUCAUAGGUGAAGCGGCCGAUGGCUUCAAGGACAGUGUAGCCUCUUCCCCGCUUAUUGAUAUGGAAACAGAGGGUUCUUCCGAAAAAUCACCAGCUUGGGUCGAAUGGAGAGAGACAUCUGAGUCCACUGCGCUUUCUUCAAACCCAGAUGAAGCUAGCAUGUUACCCAAUGGCGAGGUUCAAAACGAGAAAGAGGAUAAUGUUGAUUAUACCGAUAAAGAAGGUGCAAAGGACUCAUCACCAGGCGCAUGUGGCGAUGAAGCCAUAGAGAAGUCAUCAGAUGCAAGUGGCAUGGAAACCACUGAGAUCUCAGCAGGUGCGAGGGAGGCUGAGAUAACCGAGAAGUUGAAAGAUUUUAGUGCUGCUGAAUCGGAUGAUGAGAGUGCUCAAAGCUCUGAACCUGCAAUAGCUCAGGAGACGGACAAGAGCCAGCAGGAAGCAGAUGAUGUUGCAGCAAAAGCAGGUGACAAAGAAAGCGAAGAAGCUGUAAAGUAG